GCCGCCGGCGCUGAGGUUGAGGCUGAGGCUGAGGCAGCGGCAGAGGCUGAGGUGGCUGAGGCGGCGGCGAGGGGCUCCUGGCCGGGGCCGCGGGGCCAGCCGAGCCCGCCGCAGCGCCCAGAGCCAGACGUCGGCAGCCCGCGGGCUCAGCGUGACCCGAGAUCGAGGUUUGUCAGACUGGACUUGGAGAACUCGAGGUGUGGCUAAAGACAUCAGCCCAGAGCAUCACACUUGCUAUUUCAGUGCUGAGCUGUGAUCUCACUUUGCUUGUUCUGAAGGAGUUUUGCCUCAGGAUUUGAACCAAAAUAAAAACUAAGCAAAUUUCAAGACAGAAGUGGUCUCCGCCAGUCAAGAAACCCUCAAAAGCAUUUUACCAUGGAUAUAGAGGAUGAAGAGAAUAUGAGGCUGCAGGGAUGGGGCCUCAGGCACACCGACGUUUCCUCCCUUGGCGUUGUUCUCUGUGAGUCGCCAGUCACUUCUGCCCACCCUCAGUCCCAGAGAGGAGCAGGUCUAAAAGGGAAGUUGCUUUGAAGAGGGCACUUUUCCAGCUAAGAUGCUCUGUCUGUCUGAAGGAAGAACACGCAGCUUUUCCUGGGGGUGGUAUACUGGUGAGAACAGGCUCAGCACGCUCUCUGUGACUCAGCCCAGUGGCAGGGACUGUUGCUCUGCAAUUCUUGGACACCCAGAGCCUCACAGCACUGCGUGAGACAGGCGAGUCUGUACUGCUGUGCUGGAUCUGGUGUGGACUGUGCAGCAGACACCCUCUAUCCCGAGAAUCACCACUGGCUGGCAUGAAGCAGCUGCCCAGUGCCAUUUCGAAUAGUGUAGCUGGCAUGCUUUUGCCUCAGCUGACGUGAACACUGCUUACAGCUCACUGGUUGUUUCUCCUCAGGUCUGCUCUUGAGAUGUUUUAAGCUGUGGUUUUGCUGGCAGAUCCACCCACCACUCUCAGUGUUGCCAGGUCUAAAACUACAUUUCAGACAGUAUUGCCAGUGCUGUGCCAGUCCAGUAACCCUCCCCUGGGGAAUAUGUGAAGGUGUCCCCCGAGCUACCUGUUGGCUGGGGACUGUGGGUUGUGUCUCCAGCUGUGACCAUCACCGUUGAGCCUUGGGUAAUUUAACUAAGGAGGGUUCCUCCCAAAUAAUAUUCCUAUAAAAAUAAACUCUCGGGUCUAGUGCAAACUUGAAAUGUCAGUCAUAUAUCUCUUGCGGUUUUAAAAGCAGUUAAAGUUCUACUGUGAUUCACUUCACAUUCUAAAUGCAACAGUGUGGUAUGCAGAGAGAGUGCCUGCUUCAGCAGAGAGUGGGCUCUGUCUCUAAUUGGAGUAUUUUAUUUUUGUUUGUUCAGGAGCAUUUUUUGAUAACAUGUGAUGGGUACCUUUUCUUCUGAAGUUCCAGCAGCACUGAUGUUAAGGAAAACCGCAAUCUGGACAACAUGCCCCCCAAGGACAGCAGCACACCUGGGCCUGGCGAGGCUAUUCCGCUCUCCAACGGGGGUGGUGGUAGCACCAGCAGGAAGCGGCCCCUAGAGGAGGGCAGCAAUGGCCACUCCAAGUACCGCCUGAAGAAGCGAAGGAAAACACCAGGGCCGGUUCUGCCCAAGAAUGCCCUGAUGCAGCUGAACGAGAUCAAACCUGGCUUACAGUACAUGCUGCUAUCCCAGACAGGACCCGUGCAUGCGCCUCUGUUUGUCAUGUCUGUGGAAGUGAACGGGCAAGUCUUUGAGGGCUCUGGCCCUACAAAGAAAAAGGCAAAACUCCAUGCCGCUGAGAAGGCCCUGAGGUCUUUUGUCCAGUUUCCCAAUGCCUCUGAGGCCCACCUGGCCAUGGGAAGGACCCUCUCUGUGAACACAGACUUCACAUCUGACCAGGCCGACUUCCCUGACACACUCUUUAAUGGCUUCGAGACUCCAGACAAGUCAGAGCCACCCUUCUAUGUAGGCUCCAAUGGAGAUGACUCCUUCAGCUCAAGUGGAGAUGCUAGCCUGUCAGCCUCCCCAGUGCCUGCCAGCCUCACCCAGCCUCCUCUGCCCAUCCCACCACCAUUCCCACCCCCAAGUGGGAAGAAUCCUGUGAUGAUCUUGAAUGAGCUGCGUCCAGGGCUGAAGUAUGACUUCCUCUCUGAGAGCGGGGAGAGCCAUGCCAAGAGCUUUGUCAUGUCCGUGGUGGUAGAUGGCCAGUUCUUUGAGGGCUCAGGGAGAAACAAGAAGCUUGCCAAGGCCCGGGCUGCACAGUCUGCCUUGGCUACUGUCUUCAAUUUACACUUGGACCAAACACCAUCUCGCCAGCCUGUUCUCAGCGAGGGUCUUCAGUUGCAUUUGCCACAGGUAUUGGCAGAUGCUGUCUCACGCCUGGUCCUGGGUAAGUUCAGCGACCUGACAGACAACUUUUCCUCUCCCCACGCACGAAGGAAAGUGCUUUCUGGAGUAGUGAUGACCACAGGUACAGACGUCAAAGAUGCCAAGGUGAUAAGUGUUUCAACAGGGACGAAAUGUAUCAACGGUGAAUACAUGAGUGACCGUGGCCUUGCACUAAAUGACUGCCAUGCAGAGAUAAUCUCCCGAAGGUCCCUGCUCAGGUUUCUUUAUGCACAACUUGAGCUUUAUUUAAAUAACAAAGAAGACCAGAAAAAGUCCAUCUUUCAGAAGUCAGAACGGGGUGGGUUCCGGCUGAAAGAUACUGUACAGUUCCACCUGUACAUCAGCACCUCUCCCUGUGGAGAUGCCAGAAUAUUCUCUCCGCACGAGCCAGUGCUAGAGGGUAUGACGCCAGACUCUCACCAGCUGACAGAACCAGCUGAUAGACAUCCGAAUCGCAAAGCAAGGGGACAGCUACGGACAAAAAUAGAGUCUGGUGAAGGAACAAUCCCUGUGCGAUCAAACGCUAGCAUCCAGACCUGGGAUGGGGUGCUGCAGGGGGAACGGCUGCUCACCAUGUCCUGCAGUGACAAGAUAGCACGCUGGAACGUGGUGGGCAUCCAGGGGUCCCUGCUCAGCAUUUUCGUAGAGCCCAUCUACUUCUCCAGCAUCAUCUUGGGCAGCCUGUACCAUGGAGACCACCUCUCCAGGGCUAUGUACCAGCGGAUCUCCAACAUAGAGGACCUGCCGCCACUCUACACCCUCAACAAACCCCUGCUCAGCGGCAUCAGCAAUGCAGAGGCACGGCAGCCUGGGAAGGCCCCCAACUUCAGUGUCAACUGGACAGUGGGCGACUCUGCCAUAGAGAUCAUCAAUGCCACAACAGGGAAGGACGAGUUAGGCCGCCCAUCCCGCCUGUGUAAGCACGCGUUGUACUGUCGCUGGAUGCGUGUACACGGCAAGGUUCCCCCCCACCUGCUGCGCACCAAGAUCACUAAGCCCACUACAUACCACGAGUCCAAGCUGGCAGCGAAGGAGUACCAGGCUGCCAAGGCACGUCUGUUCACUGCCUUCAUCAAGGCGGGGCUGGGCGCCUGGGUGGAGAAGCCCACAGAGCAGGACCAGUUCUCUCUCACUCCCUGAGCCAGGCGGGUGUCAAGCACAGUGUGCGAGGCUGCAGUGCCGAGUCAUCCCCCAGAGCCUUGCAUCCGAACCGGGACAGGUGUGCACUUUAGGGAGGGCAUGGGGAGUCUGGGGGAACCACUGGACAUCAAGCACCGUCCCCAGCAGCUCUCACCCCACAGGGCAGCAUGGGGACGUCAGGUACCGGGCACCUCACAUGUGAAUGGGAAUCAGGUGCACAGUGGAGGUGCAUGGGGGGGGGCAUAGGGGCCCAUCACCACCCCUUACCACACAUUUCCCCUCCUGAGCUACCCAGUGACCGCUUUAUAUCUCAGUUUACAUUAGACAUUGAGUUCUACUGAGUAGGGCUUCCUAAGUAUAGGAAAAUAGAAAUUACUUUGUGUGAGAUUCUUGAAUAAAUAAUUUAUUCAGAGCUAGGAAUGAGAUUUAUAAAAUAAGAAGUAAUUAUGUCAGGUCACUUUUAUGCCACAUUAUUUUAAUUGCAAAAAAAAAAUCGUUUCUAUGUGGAAGAGCACGAGAAUAUAGAGGUAGGGAGAGAACCACCAUGCACCCAUCUGUGCAUGGCCGCUCCUCUCCGUAGGUCCUUCACAGUUAGGUCCUCACAGUAGGUUUUAACAGCUCUCUUGGGGUGACCCAGCAUGAUAUGGUGUGACCCUGGCACAUACUGGCCCUGCAGCAGGGAUGCUGUGUCCUGCAGAGUCAUGACCUAGGAUUGGCUGCCUCUAGAAACUACCAUGCCCCUGGUUAGGCUCAAAUCAUGGAGAACUCGAUUUGCUUCUAAAUAACUGAUGAUCAAAUAUGUCCAUAGCCUGUAUUGGCUGGUCAUCAUUUGGGGGUUUAAACCAUGUAGAUUUGGGGACCUAGAAGCACUCAGUAGGGCUGCUAUGCACACAGAGCACACAGCCUGCCUUCUGCUCCUUCCUUGGGAUCUGGUGGGUCGGAACCACUGACUAUUCAGAAAGCUUCACAGAAUGGAAAAAGUUCUUUAAGCAGGUACCAUUCUUGGAGCAUGCCAGGUAGGGCAUAGUAUUGUUAUUCCUUCUAGCUUUAUCAGACACGUGUUUAUAAAACAUUCAGGUUGAAGCUGGUGAGACAGUAUGAGGCCGGAACGCUGCAGACCAGAUAUUGGUGUCUCGACAGGCAGGCCUGGGUGCUAUUGGCAUCUUGAGGCUAAGCCCCAAAAUGCUUCUCAGCACCCUUUAGGCACAGGGUGGCCCCCAGGGCCCUGGAGUGGACUGCCUGGACCUCCUGUGCUCAGACUUGCCCCAGGUGCCUUGUUGCUUCCACUCAGGAUUAGGGAGGAGUAGAGAGAGGAAGGGCUGUGGCUGUCAGCUCAAUGUGCCAGCCUGGUCCAGCAGGUUGCUCUGAAGAUCCUCAGGGCAUGAGCAGAGAAGAUUCAGACUCAUCCCUCAGCACACAUCCACUGCAGCUGCAUCCAGAGCACUGACAGCUGUAUGGCUCUGCGCUGUUCACCCUGGUGUUUGUGUCCUUGACACACUGAGAAAAACCAGAACAAAAGCAUAGCCACAGUCGGUUCCACCAGUUUCCCAGCAGACCUCAAGAGAAUGUGUGUUGUUGCUUACACGGGACCUACUUGUGUCCCCAUGCCAGGAGCCCUGUCUGUGUCCUUGUGGGUAUCUCACAUGGUUCUCAUCCUGUGGGACUUGAUCCUCAUGGCGUGAAUGUCCUACCAGAACUCUCUAGUGACAUGUGAUAUCACAGACAUCUCCAACUCACCACCUGCCCUCCUGACGAGGGUGAGCUCUCCCAGUCAGGAUCACAGAGCCCUUUGUGCCAUGGCAGGGCCUUGUUUGGGUAAAAUGCACUGGGGUUCCUUAGGGAAAGGGUCCCAUAUUGUCAGAGUAUCAGCACCUUCCCCACAGGCUCCUGCACUUUCCAGAAAGAAAAACACCAUGUUGGUGUGCUCUUACUCUUGUUUUAAAUUGUAUUUUUUCUAGUGGAGGUGGGGAGAGGGACUUAAUUGGGUUUUUCUGUUUGUUUUUAAGUACAUUGGGUUUUAAAGUGCAGCAAAAGUAUAUCCCAUAUACACUAAAAACCUUGCAUUACAUCUGACUUUCCAUGUCACGUAACAAGGGUGCCCAACCAGGAAGCGGAUGUUAUAGCACACAGAACACCUGAAACCACAGAGGCCUGUCCUGCAUAGACCUGACCUAGGCCCUGGAAGGAGGGAGGAAGGCAGCCUGGAGGGCUGUGGUGAGAAGGAGGCAGCAUGGGGCAUGCAUCGCCUACCCCUGCUCCUAGGUUAGGGCAGCUCAAACAGCCCGUCUGUGACAGAGAGAAAGGACACAGAAGUGCUCAUUUAAGAUACUUAGCUCUUUGAGCCCCUUCCUGAAGGUCACCGUGGGUGACACCGUGAUGAUAGUCCAUGUCCAGGACCUAGACAUCACACACUCAGCAGAAAGCUUGACACACCAAGAACAUGAUGCAAAUUUUUUGGAUACUUCAGCAGGUAAAGGUCAGGAGGUUCUCUCUUCUGUGUACUUUGCUAAACCUGAAGUAUUAAUUCCACAAAGCAGUAUCCCUCAGGACUAUUCAGGCCCAGCUUUGACAGGGCUGUAGCCACGCACUAGGAGGUCAUUAUCACGAGGGAGUCUCAGGUAGGCUAGCAUGUUUGCGUAGGGCCAGGGCUCUCCACUUAGAUCAAGGCAGGGUGGCUGUGGUGUCCAUACCAUUAACCCUGACCCAUUAAUCAUAUCAGGAGGAAGCACCUCUCCCAACAAGGGACACCAAAGAACUACAGCUUUGAAUCUGAGUCUUUGACCAUUCUUCCUAUAUUGAAGGGUUUUUUUUAAUAAUUAAAAAUAAGUUUGUGUGCAAGCCAUCAUCUCAUAAGGCAUUGCUCUCUAUUUCUUUUAUCCCCAGCUCAUCUUACCCAGGCUGUAGUUACUUGUUUUCUAAACUCAUGUCUCCCCUUUAGUUUCAGACAGGUGCACCAAGGGUGGGCAGCCAGCAGAGGGUCAGGAAUGUCGGGUAAGCUGCAUAUUACCCCAUGCUAAGAGUAAAUACACACAAUGCAGGAGCAACUUGUCACUUCCAAAAUAUUUUACUCUGGAAAUGUCAGCUCUGUCCAGUCGUAACUUUGAUCCAGAAAGAGAAAGAAAAUGAGCUGAAAUUCACAUCUGUAAGUUCUCAAAAUUAGGAAACCUCUCUGAAGAUUCCUUCAUAUUGUGGGAAGGACAGAGUGUGCGUGUUCAGUGUGUACAGCUUGUUUGCGUCCUUGUCUCUUGGCAUAUCUAGCCUGUGACAGUCUCCCCAAGGCUGAGGAGGUGUUGACACCGCAUCUGCAGCUGUGAACUGCUCCCCACUGGGGCUGCUGAGUUCAUGUGACAUUGGGGAAUGAGCAGAUUAGUCACAUAGGUCUGAUCAAUCGUGACUGGCCCCUCAGUGCACUUUUCCUUCCGUUCCUGGGGAAAUUUUCAUGUCUCUGUGGUAGUGCCUGUACUUUGUGUUUGCUGUUUGUAUGACAAGUGCCCAGCCUCAGAAGCACUUAAUUGUAGCCACAGCAGGAGCUGAUGGUACAUAAGGAACUGAUGGGCCAUUCUUCUGAAUGGAACACAGUAGGUUAAAAGCACAGUUUGUGGAAUGUUAAUGGGAUAAGCCCCUGAAAGCUGUUUGCUUUUCCAGGCUUUGAGUUAUAUACUUUUAAUUUGAUUUUAGAAUCUGGACACUUUACAUGAAUGUAAUUCAGCCAAGAAACAUGUUGCUAAGAUACAAUCCUCAGUGUUCUCUGUAUGUAUAUUUAUGUAUAUACCACAUGUUACAGCCUGCAUGAGCUUCCUCUCACACCGAGCCCAGCCGGAACUGAGCAUGAGAUGUUGUCACAUGUAGACAAAGGACUGAGAUGUUCUCAAUAAAGACUAAGACAUUUCACUAUGACUUGUGGAGACUGUCCUUUUUACUUUGGUCUUGCCUCCAUUGGUGGGUCUAGAAUCAAAACCUCUUGAUCAUAAUUUGAAAGGUAUGGAUAGCUGCCGCCUGAGAGCUGUGGGUCUCGAGUGUGUCUGGUUGUUUCCUGUACAUUGCACCAAGUGCUCAGUGUGUGUAUCCACCUUGAGACUCCCUCAGAUCCUUGCUCCUGGCUGCUCUGUCUUCCUGGGGACAUUUUGGCUCUGCUCCAGUAUACAGGAUGCUGUGGAAAGGAAGAACGUUCAUGAUUCAGGGAGAGUUGGCUACAAGACUGUCAAAAGCGUAGUCUUGAAGGGAAUGUGCAUGUAUUGUGUAAAGGAGCCUAUAGAUAAGUCUCCAAGGAAGGCACUGUGGCUAUGGUGGAGUUUGGAAUGGCUUUGAUUUUAGUUUUCUGUUGAGAACACUUAUUUGGUUGGUAUUUCUACAAUUAAAUAUAAAAUAAAUGUAAAAGUGUUUUAAAGA